GUUCUUGUCCAUGUAAAUCUACCAUGUCAUCUACAGCAUACUCUAAGAAAGUUAAAGAAACACCACUGUAUUUGAUGCCCAAAACCGCAUGGCAUCGUCAUGGGACAUGUUCAAAAUUAAAAAUAGCAUAGCUGGACAGCCUGCCAUGGUAUUUUGAUGCUAUUUCUCAGUGGCUAUUCGCUGCAAAAUCGUACUCGUCACACUUGGUGUCGUUGAGCAAUAGAAGCCUGCGGUACUGGAAAUCACUCAUUUUGGCAUAGGAAUAUUUCAAUGAUCAAUUAGUCAAACACACACAUGCUGUAUCGGGUUAAUCUGGAGUGGGAUCCACCGCCUCUCUCUUGAUCUCAUUAGGUCGUACAGACAUGCGCUUGUUCGGAUUACUGUUCGGGAUUAUGGACAGGAACAGCAGACAUGACUUUGGACGUGCUUUCUGCGAUGCGUUUUUCACGCGUUACGACGUAACGAUUUAGUUCAGGCUGAAAUAUCUUGACCUGUUUUCUCGCACCUGACUGCCUUUCCGGAUCAUUUGGCAUCAUGGCUGACAUACCCCAGCUGAUUAAAAUCGGCGUUUCGCUGAAAACCACUCCGAAUAACGGACCCGUCUACUUCAAAUCGGACGGGACGAGAUUCGGUCAGACCCGAACCAUCAAAUUAUUGACGGGAACUAAAUACAAGAUCGACGUGGUCGUUAAACCGGGAGCGGUUGAGGCGGCAUCCAUGACUAUUGGUGGAGUGACUUUUCCUCUGGAGCAGCAGUCUAAAGACCCUCAGUCUGUAGUGUACACUGGGAUGUAUGACACUGAGGGAGUAACACACACCAAAAGCGGAGAGAGACAACCUGUUCAGGUCAACAUACAGUUCACUCAGGCAGGACUUUUCGAGACCGUCUGGCAGGUCAAGUUUUACAACUACAACAAGAGAGACCACUGCCAAUGGGGAAACAGCUUCAACAGUAUCGAGUACGAGUGUAAACCCAACGACACGCGCACCCUCAUGUGGAUCAAUAAAGAACUGUUUCUGUAAAAGAGUCUAUGGUCAACUGUGAGAGAAGACACUCUUACGUAGAAACAGACAGUGAGCUAAACAACAAACCGCUGACUGUCAUUCUCACUGAAAUAUGAAUCAGCAGUUCCUGCUAGUGCAGGGGUGUAGCCUUUCAUGUUAGCGACGUGUGUCUGCGACGUUUUGUGAUGAAGUGGGAGUUUUGUUGGAUUUGUCCUGGUGCUGAUGGAAAAUCAAAGCAUUGUAUCUGAUGCAAAAUAGUUGCACUUUACCCUGGUUGUUGUAGUGUUGACUCUUUUUUGCAGUUGUCCUUCCAGUUGUCUACCUCUGAAGAACCCAGUGAGGAUGAUGUUUACUUUUAUAUGAGUUUACAGAUUUUAUAUAGAUUUUAUGUUAGACUUGUUAUCAUACAGUUUGUUAAUCCACGUAAAUGUAGCAUUUUCCCAGUAAAUUUUACCCAUAUCUAUAUAUUUCUAGUGUGUAUUUUUAUGAGUAUUUUGUAAUGGUGCAUUGUGAUUUAUGUGCAAUAAUUGUAACUUGGGGUAUUUUUCCAUAUUUUUGCAUUUUUCAAAAUGGUAUACCACUUUAAA